AUGGAGGCUUUCCUGAGCGAAAUCAACUCAACCUCCAAGCGCCUGUUUGAAUUUAGGGACAUGCAUGAGUAUGAGAAUCGCUUGAAAACCUUCACACAGUGGCCUUUUAAGGAGAAGUGCAAAUGCACACCUGAAAAUAUGGCCAGGGCUGGCUUUAUCCACUGUCCGAACGCGGAUGAACCUGACGUGGCAAAGUGUUUCUUUUGCUUGAUAGAGUUGGAGGGCUGGGAACCAGAGCAUGAUCCCUGGUUGGAACACUCCAAGCGUAGCAAGGACUCUUGUGGGUUCUUGUCCCUCUCUAAGAGUUUUGACGACCUGACAGUGGAGGAAUACUAUGAACUAGAGAUGGAGCGGGUCAGGAUUUUCCUUUGCAAGACUGGCUGGAGUGUAAUAAACGCCUUUGAAAGAGAAGUGGCCAUAACCAGGAAACGUCUUGUGGAUCAUUUCGCGAAUAAGUACCAGUACACGGCAGAAUCAGCCAAGACGCCCCAGACGCUCCUGCCUGCUGCAAAAGAGAACGGUGUGCUAACCACCAAAUAG